GCUAUAAAAGACGGGAAUCGCGUGUCAGAAUUCAUUCGAUUCGUAUCGUUCAACUGCAACGUUCUCGAGUUUAUUUCCCUGCGAUUUAUCACCGAAAAUGAAUUUCAACAACGACUACUUGGUGUCGUCGAACAACAGCAUCAACGACAACAAAGUAAACGCGAAAAAAGUGGCACGCAAUCCCAUGCACCAGAUCAAGAGGAUGAUCAAGUGCAUUCUGAUGAAGGGCAAGAAGAACACCUACAAGGGCACCGCUCAGCCCAGCUACUUCAACGAUGAGGAGAUCCAGGACAAUCUGGCUAAUGAGAUUUUGGAGAACGAGAUCUUUGAGGAGAUCGACUGCUGCGAAGACUUCGCCGCAGUGCCCAUUUACCAUGAAUCUGGCACGGAGAUCCUGCCGAUAGUCCGCGGCCAAAGGUACAUCCCAGUGAAUUUUGCCAGAACCGAAGCCGGCACCUUCUUCUGGACGUCGGUGGCGUCUGCAGACAGUGACAUCGUAAAAAACAAUGCCAUCUCGAGCCAUCAGGUUCCGGAACUGCAAGUGGCCGUCGACCGAUGGGCCCAAGCUUAGGUUCCCGAUAGGAACCCGCUUCACUCCUGAUUGUGAUCGCAGCCAGUGCCUUAAGACUUUAACUUUUUGUGAUGUCUUUGCUCAAUGAUUUUUACCUCAUUUAUUGACACAAUUGUGAUAUCUACUGUAGUUUUAGGCUUUUGCUACUGUUGAUUGUAAAUAUGUCCUGAACUAGUUUUAAGAAUCUGAUGUACCGAUGUGAUGAGAGCUUUAAUUUGGAUGUUAUCCGACUGUUAUACGUAUAUGUAGGUCUUCCUAUAGGUAUUAGAGAACUUAUUUUUAUUGAUUAAAAACUUAUUUGCAAUUA